AUGGCUGGUGACCCCUACCCUUCACCACCGCCUGCAGCUCGCUUUGUGGGGAUCGACCUGGGUGUGACUUGCGUUGUGGCAUCUUGUAGCGCGGAGGAGCGAAAUGCCAUCUCCAUUUGCACCAACGAUGUAUCUGGACGAUCAACGCCUGCUGCAGUCUCCUUCGAUGGCAAGCUUCGUCACGUGGGCGUGAACGCUGAAGGCCGCUUGAUGAGCGCGCCGAAGCAGACGAUCUCGCACUUGCCCCUGGCCCUGGUGGCCUCGGAUUCCGCCCAGAAGCGAGCGGAGAAGUAUCAAUUUCUUUUCCCGACGCAAGAGGACGGCAAGCUGGGCCCAGUCACCUUUGACGGCAAGGAUUUUCCGGUGCCCAGCUGCGGUCCUUUGAGCGUGCUUCUUCGCACUCUCAGCGGCUACGCAGUCGACGAGGGGACCACUUUACAGCAGCUUUGCAUUGCCGUCCCAGACUUUCUGUCCGACAAAGAGCUGGCGGUUGUCCACGAUGCUGUGGGACUUGCAGACCUUGCAGCUUCCACGCAUCUUCUUCGCCAUUCCGAUGCCGUGGCCGUGGCCUUCGCCCACAGCCAAGGCUCCUCCCUGCUGCCGGAGGGAACCGAGGAGCGCACGGUGGGCUUCGUGGACAUUGGCUCUUCCCACGGCACUGUGUCCGUGGUCCGUUUUGCCCGCAAAGAGGGCGCACCCGAUGAGGCGUCCUCACCCCUCGCCGCAGGCAUAUCUGCGGAGUUCCUGUACCGGUGCAGCGAGGAGGAGUUGGGCGUGCAAAGCCUGAUGACGGCUCUUCUGAAGGAGGCGAUCUCCCGAAUAGAGCAGAAGCACUCGUGCAAGGUCAAGCUUGGCACAAAGUCAGGCGUUCGCCUGGCAAACGAGGCCGUCCAUGCUCUGAAGCAGCUGAGCAUGCUCCCGGAUGCAGAGAUGGGUCUCGAGGCAUUCAUGCCGGAGGGCCCGGAGGGCCCCGAGAUCGAUGUGUCGGUGCCUCUGACGCGCACCGUCUUCGAGGCUGCGGCAGCGUCAGUGCUUUCUCGGCUGAAGGAGGUCUUAGCCGCCGCAGCCGCGAUAGGUCCAUUGGAGGCAGUGGAACUCGUUGGCGGUGGUGGUCGCAUCCCAGCCGUGCAGAAGCUGGUGAAGGAUGCCGUGGGCGAGUCCGUUCCGCUGCGCUUCGGCCUCGACGGCGCCAGCUGCGUGGCCAGCGGCGCCGUUGCCUGGGCCGCGGGACGGCGGCCUCUGUCAGCCAUGGACGCAGCGAUGGGCGUAGGAGGCCUCGACCAAGAGGAGCUUGGGCGCAUUCGCACUCACGAGGCCGAGAUAGAGGCUGUCCACAGUGAAGAGGUGCAACGGCUUGAGAAGAGGAAUACCUUGGAGUCGUAUGUGUACCAGGUCCGGGAUUGGAUGAAUGGCAAAAACGGAUCCUUGCUGAAUCCAAGCGAGCUCAACCCAUACUUGGACAAAGUGGUGUUGUGGUUUGAGGACGCAGAUAUGGCAGAGGAGCCUACAUCCUACCAGGCGUAUGCGGACAAGUUGCAGGAGGUGGAGACCUUCGUGAAGGAAACGGGCGCAGCGUACUUCGAGCAGAAAGCCAAGGAGCACGAAGACCAGGAGAAAGAGAUCGAAAAGGCAGCAGCUGCUGAGCGGGAGCGACGAAAGGAGCUCGGCAUGGACUUCGACAAGGAUGAGCGUGCCAUGAAGAAAGAGGAUCGGAUAAGACUGGCUCAGAAGAACAAGGAUGAGGGCAACGAUAUGUUCAAGGCCCAGAAGUUUGACGAUGCUGUCAGAAGAUAUAAGAAGGCCAUCGACCACGUAAGCCGGCCGGAGGUGGUCAGCAACAUGACUCCCGAUGAGGCAGAGGAGGCCAAGAAGAUCAAGGUCUCCUGCCAUCUCAAUAGUGCUCAGUGCUACAUCAAGGCUGGCGAAGCUGCUGCCCAAUCCGGCGGAAAGAAUGCCGCGGAGCCCUUCUACAAGAAGGCCCACAGUGCUUGCAUCUAA